AAUAGACUUCCACAGACUAUCUAUUGUUGAUUUAGCAAUAAUAAGAGCAGUCUACCCUCUGGAAAGUUAGAAUAUGAAGCUGCUUGUUUUAUUCUUUUUUGUACUAAUGGUCAUAUCAGUUGAGUUAAUUUUUAUCGAUCCCAUUUACAGAAACAUUUGGGCUGAAUAUAAGCGCAAAUACAAAAAGAAGUAUUAUUCUAAUGAAGAAGAGGUCUUUAGACGACGUGUAUUCGAGGAUUAUGUUAAGGAUAUGUGUGUACACAACAUAGAACAUGAACUUGGAUUUCACAAGAAACGUCUUGAAAUAAAUAAGUGGUCUGAUAGGAUGGCUGAAGAAUUUCCAAGACCCAGGAAGUUGUCGAAGCUAUAGUAACGAUAAAUUGUACUGAAGAGCCUGAAAUUACAACAAGAAAGCCUCAGGAAAAAUACCAUAUGGAUCACUCAAUAGAUAUAAAAAUAACCAUAGAUGAGGAAACUGGAAUAAAAUAUGUUGAAAAAUUAUCUAUCCUCACCUCCCCUUAAGUUAUUGUUGUAAUCCUUUAAUCUGUAACUGAUACUGAAAAAAAAAAUGUCUGAAAAGUGUUCAGAAAAAAAUCAAAAAGCUUUGU